ACUCAGUCAGCUAUGCCCGCCUUCGCUGCCGGCUGGUUCGCUAGAGGUCCUCUCGGAAUUAGCCAAUGAGAAGUGCUCGAGUCCUGGUCGCCUGGGAAACCCCGAGACAACAAGAUGGCGGCGCCGCGGGACGGCUCGCUGGCCCCGUGGAGUCCCUGACAGUGAACCCCAACACUGGAGCUAUGAGCUCACCCCUGGCCUCUCUUAGCAAGACUCGGAAGGUGCCCUUAGAGUCGGAGCCUGUGAAUCCCGGGAGGCGAGGGAUAAGAAUCUACGGAGAUGAAGAUGAGGUGGACAUGGUGAAUGACGGACAGGACUCAGAAGAGAAGAUCUCUCUCCCUUCCUGCUAUGGAGGCAUUGGUAGGCAAGGCCUUAUGAUCCAUGACUCGGAGUUGCUGACCUCCAUGGCCAGGAAGCUGCAGGAGCUGGAGCAGCAGUUGAAGGCACGGAAUGAGGAGAUGCUGUCCAAGGAGCAGAAGAUCCUGGCCCUGGAGGAUUUGGUGCAGACCCUCCAGCAGCACCAGAGCAGCACAACCAGGGAGGAGGAGCUGGAGACACAGUGCAUUCAGCUGCAACGGCAGGUUGGAGAGAUGGAGCGGUUCCUCAAUGACUAUGGCCUGCAGUGGGUGGGCGAGCCCAUGGACCAGGAGAACUCAGAGGGAAAGAUAAUCUCUGAAAGUGAUGAGCGAGACUGGAUGAAGGCCAAGAAGUUCUGGAAGCCAGACAGGGUUUCUCUCUGUAGCCCUGGCUGUCUUGGAACUCACUCUGUAGACCAGGCUGGCCUCAACUGGGAGAUCUGCCUGCCUCUGCCUCCUUUCUUCAUUGUUAACCACUGGCGUUUAGUGGGGACCCAGCCCGCCUUGUCCUUAGAUAUGGAGCCACAGAUUGUUUCCUGGACAGGGCCUGUUCCCUUUGAGGUGGUGAAGAUCCAUCCCUAGGCUCCAGAAUCUAACUCGGAUCCCCUCAUUUCUCCACUCCUUGUUCAAGGUUGGUUUGUGAUUUGAGCAAGCCACUUCCCUUCCCCGAGUCUCAAGUUCAUCAACAAAAUGGGGCACGCUCUUACCUUCAGGGUUACAAGGAAGAAAAGCAGGUGCUUGCAUGACUUGCUCCUGCUUCCCAGGCUUGAGGGAAGGAGGAGCAUCCUGGUGGCAUCACCCCCAAGGGGAGUCAAGAGGAUGACAGCAGUGUUGCCGUCAGAAGGCUCUUUCUGAAUAGAACCCCAGGGUCUAGGGCUCAGGCUAUGGCUCAGUGGGUAGGGUGUUUACCCUAAAGACCUGGGUGUGUUACCCAGCACCUGUUAGGACGGGCAUGGUCAUCCACACGUGCAAUCUCAACACCCAAGAGGGAAAGACAGGCAGGUCAGAAGCUCAGAGGCGGUCCUGGGCUGUGGAGCAGUUAUGAGGCCAGCCUGGGCUACAAGAGACUGACCAUAUGUUAAAAAACAAACAGGGCUGGAGAGAUGACUCAGGGUUGGAGAGCUUGCUGCUCUCCCAGAGGUCCUGCCUUCCGUUCCCAGCACCCACCCACAUUGGAUGGCUUGCCCGCCUGUGACUCCAGUGCCAGGGAUCCAAACACCUUAAACCCUGUUACAAGCAUCAGCCCACCUUGUAUUUAGGCCUGGGCUUCAUCCCUCUCCCCCCAAAUCAAGACAGGACUUCACUAUGUAGCUCUGACUGUCCUGGAACUCUGUCUUGGAACUUGCUAUGUAGACCAGGGUAGCCUCGAACUCCUGCCUCAGCCUCCAAGUUUUAGGAUUAAAGCCAUGUACCAUGCCCGUCUCUUAAUGCUUUCAAAGCAUUUUGAAUAAACAGCCUUGGCAUGGGCCAAAAAGUCUGCCAUUUUAUAGCAAA